AAUGACAUACCUCCAAGAGCUUACAAUGGACGUCGUCCCCCAGUCAUCCAGUCCGGAGAAGAUCUACUACAUCGAAGGUUUCGGCUCACACUCCGACCGUCUUAGACGUUCCGUCCUAGACCGACCUCUCCUAGACCGCUCCAGGACCUCCACCAUCGUCACUCCCAAACCGAUCAAACCAGAACCUCUCAACAACAACUACCCGGGUCCUUCAAGAUGGGACUUCCAAGAACAAGUGGAAGACGCCAAUUUCGAGAGAAAGUCAUUCUACACGAAUUUUGACCAAGAUAGACUUAGAGUUUCUUCUGCGUAUUCUUAUGAAGAAGUUCAAAGACAGCAGUUUGGAUUGGAAGACAGUGGAGGCUUAGAUCGUGAGUGGAGUUUGGACUCUUCAAUAGGUCUUGAGUCAAACGAAGUUCUCGCGGGGUCCCCCAAGGUUCUACCCAGGAAAAGAAGACACUCUGCCCCCGUGUCUCGCCAACCUUCCCCCAGUGUGAUGCGUCGCCGGAGACUCGCUGCCAAUGCCCGGGAACGAAGAAGAAUGAGCGGAUUGAACGAGGCCUUCGACCGACUCCGGGAGGUGAUUCCUUCAAUCGGAACUGAUCACAAACUCAGCAAGUUUGAAACUCUCCAGAUGGCUCAGACGUAUAUCUCCGCGUUGUGUGAUCUUCUAGAGGGAGCUCCUAGAUGAGGUGACAGA